CCGGUGCUGCCAUGGUGGAUCAGGGCAAGUCACGGUGAGAUGACUUCUCCCCGUAUUCCAUUGCGGAUCGCCAACCAAAAGGCGUAUGUGUGGAAUGUCGAAGACAUCGCGAAUCUACGGUCAAAUCAUCGAAUAUGCGGUCUCUUCACGGGAACUCUCCCUCACUUGAGUCAGCAGAACGUUUUUCUUGGGGUUCCGAUGGUUCUUUUGCCUGAGGAAGUAGUUUUGCUUGUGGAGAACGAUGCUGUCGUAUUGGUCGAUGAUCCCAAGGCACACAUCCAACCUUCUUUGGACCAAUUGAAGCACUGGGCCUCUGAAGACAAGCAAUCUGCCCUCCUCCAAAUUACCCAGGCUGCUUCUGCCUCAAAAGAUGCUCCUCCACUGUCCGAGGAGGCUGCUCGAAAACGAAAGGAACGGGAAGCCAAAAAAGCUGCAAAAGCAAGACAGGCGGCAUCUAACGACAUAAUGGCACCUGAGCAAGAAGAACCUCCACCAUCUAGUCAACUUGACGGGCUAUAUACUGUUUUAAUUCCAGCGACAACCUCCUCGCACGAGUGGUACAAUGACAGUGCUUGUGGUUAUACGACUCUCGCCGAAGCGAAAGCUGCCGGAAUAUGGUCCUAUCCCUCUGAUCUUCAUGAACGCGCUAAAUGCGGUGUGUUUAGAGGUUUAUGGGAGCAGGGCAUGUACAUCGGCAUUGGAAUCAAGUUUGGAGGUGAUUACUUGGUCUACCCUGGUGACCCCCUCCGCUAUCACGCCCACUUCUCUGCCAGUGUGCUUAUGUCGCCAACAGCUCAACUGACACCAAUGGAGAUCGUAGCUCACGGUCGACUUGGGACGGUCACAAAAAAGGCACAUCUUCUUUGUGGUUGGGAUGACGCGAAGAAAGAGGUAUCCUAUCUGACUAUCGAGUGGGCCGGCUUUGGCUGA